AAUUUUUUAUAAUUAUUUUUUCAUUAGUUCAUGCACGUUUAUUUUAGUGUUAAGGCAAAUAAUUUUUAAUAUCACAAAUCUUUCUGUAAAAUCUACGAUGGAAUUUCUUGAGGAUGAAGAUACGAAGGCAUUUUUUGCGAAGCUUGAAGAAAGUCCUGAAAAGGAGGAAAUUGAUAAUUCCUUAAAUGAUGAUAAUUUAUCAAAUGAUACUGCCGAAUUUUUUGAUCAAUUGGAGUUGGUUGAACAUGAUAACAAAAAUGUUGAAGAAGGUGAAGAUUCUAACAUUAACGAAGAUGUUGGUCAGGAAGUUAACUUGGAGGUUAAUGAAGAAGUUAUCAAAAAUGUUAGUCUUCAUUACGAAGAUGUAACUCAAGAAGUUGAUGAAUAUAUUAGUGAAGAAGUUAAUCAAAAUAUUAGUCUUCCUUAUGAAAAUGUUUGUGAAAAACGUGACGAAAAUGUUAGUCAGGAAAUUAAUCAAGAUGUUAGUGAAGAAAAAGAUGGAUGUGAACAAGUUACGGAGGUUAUUAGCGACGAAAAAUUUGAUGACUUUUUGCGUGAUGAGACAGAUGUGCUUUUAAAUGAAUUUAUGGCUAAAUGGCGAAAAUUACAGGAUAAAAAGAGGGAAUUCUUUAAAAUGGAACUCAAAAAAAUGGAAUUGGACAAUGCUUUAUCUGGCCGAGUGAAAAAAGUUGGUUACAAAUGGAACGAAUAUGAAAAUGGGAGCACGAACGAAUUACGCAAUGCCUUGAAAGAAUUAAGAAUCUCAAAAAAUUAA